CUCCUAGAAGAAAGAAGCAUCGUCCAUCUCUUUCCCUUACCUUUGUUCCCUCUUCCUCCCUCCUCCUGCCGACCUGACCCGACCUACCAACCCGCCUCCCCCACCGCGGCAGCUCGGAAUCUCCCCUCGCCGUCCGCCCGCCCCACGGCUGCCGCCGCGCCGUGCGUCGCCGCCGCUGCCUCCGCCAAGCACCCCCGGCCGGGCCCCUCACGGCGCGUCGCCGCCGUCCCCCCCUUUCGCUCGUCGGGGCGUCGCGUUCCUGCUGCCUCCGCCCCGUCCGCGGUCCCCGGCCGCCGGUUUCCGAGAUAUCGUUCCAUUGUCGGUCCAUCGUGAAAGUCCAGGGUGUUGCAUGCCAUAACGAGAAAAGCCCGUGCUUACGCUCUCAUCUGACUGGCAGAAUAUGGUAAUCGAUCAGUUUUGGUAACAUUGUGGUGAGUGCGCUGCUGGUUAGAUAUACCACAGAUCCUUCUAUAUUCGAUAUGCCAUCAUGGUGGGGGAAGUCUUCCUCCAAAGAUGCAAAGAAAACCACCAAAGAGAACCUCAUGGAUACAUUUCAUCGGUUUAUAAGUCCAAAUGAGCAAAAAGGAAGCACAAAAUCAAAACGGAGGUAUAGACGUGGCGAUGAUACAGCUGUUGAAAAGGUCUGCCAGUCUACCACAGUAUCGCGCGCAACUUCACCCUCAAAAGAAGUUUCUCGCUGUCAAAGCUUUUCAGCUGAUAGGCUACAUUCCCAACCACUUCCUGUUCCUGGAUCACGUCCUGCAGUCACACGCACUGCUUCUGAUGUCACUGAAUCAAGGCCCAUAUUAGAAAAACGUGGCAAACCACCACUGCUUCUGCCACUUCCUAAACCUAACAGGCCUCAGAGAAGGUCAGAAAUAGUGAUUGCUUCCCUCUCUAGCAACUGCUCUGUUGAUAGUGAUGACCAUGGAGAUUCUCAGCUUCCGAGCCCUGUUGGAAAUGAUGCUGAAAACACAACAAAUACUACUUCCAAGAGCAAGUCAAGUAAUGUGCGCAAAGAGCGUCCUGGUGCUAUCACCACCAAGAAUACCAAGGAGACGGCAAAGACAGCUAAUCAAUUCCUCAGUAACCAUACAUUGUCCACAUCGCCGAGAGGUAUUGCAGCUGAUAAUCACCAACCUAAUCCACAAAAUCCUCGGCCGGUAGUCUUGGAGAGUGCUCCGAAUAGUUUGAUGUCAAGUCCAUCUAGAAGUCCGAGAAGAAUAUGUCCGGAUCAUAUUCCAACUUCAGCCUUUUGGGCAGUGAAGCCUCAUACAGAUGUUACUUUCCUUGGCUCUGGUCAGUGCUCCAGUCCAGGUUCAGGGCAAACAUCUGGGCACAACUCCGUGGGUGGUGAUAUGCUAGCCCAGCUUUUCUGGCAGCCCAGCAGAGGUAGUCCAGAGUGUUCACCGAUUCCUAGCCCAAGAAUGACAAGUCCUGGCCCUAGUUCCAGGGUGCACAGUGGAAGUGUUUCUCCGUUGCAUCCGAGGUCUGGAGGGAUGGCACCUGAAUCUCCGACAGGUCGGAAUGAUGGUGGGAAGAAGAAGCAAACCCACAGAUUGCCUCUUCCACCACUGAGCAUCUCUAAUAAUUCAUUUUUUCCAAACAAGUCCACGCCAGCUAGUCCUAUUUCAGUGCCUCGUAGUCCUGGUCGACCAGAGAAUCCACCGAGUCCUGGAUCACGAUGGAAGAAGGGGAAGCUGAUUGGUCGUGGGACAUUUGGCCAUGUAUAUGUCGGCUUUAACAGUGAUAGCGGUGAAAUGUGUGCUAUGAAAGAGGUGACCCUAUUCUCGGAUGAUCCUAAAUCAAAGGAAAGUGCAAAGCAGUUGGGGCAGGAAAUAUCGCUCUUGAGCCGCUUACAACACCCAAAUAUCGUACGAUACUAUGGCACAGAAACGGUUGAUGACAAACUGUAUAUAUAUUUGGAGUUUGUGUCUGGUGGAUCUAUCCAUAAACUUCUACAAGAGUAUGGACAGCUUGGUGAACCAGCAAUACGCAGCUACACUCAGCAGAUACUCUCAGGCUUAGCUUAUUUGCAUGCGAAGAAUACAGUCCAUAGGGAUAUCAAAGGUGCAAACAUACUAGUAGAUCCUAGCGGUCGUGUUAAGCUUGCAGACUUUGGAAUGGCUAAACAUAUCAAUGGGCAGCAAUGUCCUUUCUCAUUUAAGGGUAGCCCAUAUUGGAUGGCUCCAGAGGUUAUAAAGAGUUCGAAUGGUGGUUGCAAUCUUGCGGUUGACAUAUGGAGUUUAGGAUGCACUGUCCUGGAGAUGGCUACCGCAAAACCCCCAUGGAGCCAGUACGAAGGGAUUGCUGCAAUGUUCAAGAUUGGAAAUAGCAAGGAACUUCCACCAAUACCAGAUCACCUAUCAGAGCAGUGCAAGGACUUCAUCAGGAAGUGUCUGCAACGUGAUCCUUCUCAACGGCCGACAGCAAUGGAGCUUUUGCAACACCCGUUCAUACAAUAUAAAGUCCGACUUGAGAAAUCCGUUAUGUCUGAUCCUUUGGACCAUUUGCCCGUGAUAUCUUGUAGACCGAAUUCUAAGGUGGCUGGACAUACAACAAAUAUUUCGUCAUUGGGAUUGGAGGGUCAGACAAUUUACCAGAGAAGGGGUGCAAAAUAUUCUUCGAAGCAUAGCGAUAUCCAUAUACGGAGCAAUAUAUCAUGUCCAGUUUCUCCAUGUGGAAGUCCUCUGCUAAGGUCAAGGUCUCCCCAACAUACAAAUGGCCGAAUGUCACCCUCUCCAAUUUCAAGCCCCAGAACCCUUUCAGGCACCUCUACUCCCCUGUCUGGUGGUAAUGGUGCUAUUCCCUUUAAUCAUUCGAAGCAACCAACCUACAGCAAUGAAGGAUUUGCAAUCGCAUCAAGAGGCCCAGAUGAUCACUUCCCCAACCGGCCUACAGAUCGUAACCUUGGGCAAUUUGGUCGAGUGCAUCAAGUCUCACAGGUGAGUCAGGAGAGGAUAGUAACUGAAGCUAACAUUCUGAGCCCUCAAUUUGGAAAGAGGCUUGGAAACGUUUUUGAUCUGCGAGAUAGACUGUCGCCUUCUGAACAUUUCAGUCGUCCUACCUUGGUGGAUCAUGUGAAGCCAAAUCCUUCACUAGACUUAACAACUUGUUCUCCCCACCUUGGACACAAGCGUGAUAACUAAUUAUCAAGGAUAGGCCAAGUGAUUUCUUUUGGAGCUUGGUAGGGUAACUGAGUGGUUUUCAGCUGCUUUGGCCAUUCAGUCGCUGGAAUUGUAUCAUAAUAUGACUAUGGGAAAUAUCAUUGAUUUAUUUUGAAGCCAACAACUGUAGAUGGAUGGAGUCUUUGUUGUCAUCCCCACAGAUAGACAAAGCCCAUCCAUCCAUCACUGUCAGGCGGAACAACUGGGUGUUUGCAUACUACUACUACUGGCGUGCUAACAACAUGCGUCGAAACGACAAGACUGUAUACUAGGAGACUGAAGAAGCCAGAGCAGUUGGCCACCUCCCUGCCUCUACAUGUUAAUUGCCUUUCUUGGCGUCCUGAUGCCAUUUGUACAGAAGUAAUCUCAAGUAAAAGCCAACCAAUAUUUUGCACAGGAGAAACAGUUGAGCCAAAUUCUUUUUAACAGCUACCCGAGGCUGAAGCGACGGCUGCAAGUCACCAUGGAAACUCGUACAAAGAGCAUGGUCCCUAAUUAAAUUAGCUCUCCCGACAUGUAUAAUUUCUCAUUCAGAUGUACCAUGCCCGUCCAGUUGUUCAUAUUGAAUCCGUAUAUAUACAACUUGUCUGCGUUACUGCCGGUA